AUGGCUUUUGAGACAGUCUGGAAUAUAGUACGUCAGCGUGGAGAAGAAUUUGAUCCCGAUGAUUUGCUUUAUAAACCUGCUGUCAUGAUCCCUGACCCUGACAAUCCUGGAGAAGAGCUGGAGUUGGAACCUCCCAACUAUUUGGCUGGAAUUGAGAAGCUUCUGCAGGCCUUGGAGAAGAUCAAUGGUCAGACGACCUUGGACAAGCGGGGGGAGCUUCGACAACAAUUCUACCAAGAUUUGCGUAGGAAACCUGGUGAAAGACUUUCUGAGUUCUGUACACGUUUUAGGACGUUGGUGGCUGACCUUCGCAGUGAAGGAGUUAACCUUCCCAAUGAAGAGCUUGGAUGGUUCUUACGCGAUAAGUUGGGGCUGGACCCUCUUCGCAAGCAGAUGCUCGAUACAGCAUUGUCUGGAAGGGAAACAUAUGAGGUCAUCGAGGCCGAGGUGUUGCGUUUGUUCAAGGAUAUCCAUUUAGCAGAUCCUCUUUUCAGGCGUGCUGAGAGUGGCAACAGACCUAAGCUGACAAUGCGUAGGAUGUUUCAGCGCAAUCGAGCCUCUACAAGCUCGACUGCCUCAGGUUUUAGGAGACUUGCCUUGUCAAGUAGCAGCGGCAGCACUCGCCGUGCCUAUGUGACUGAGGUUGAGCCUGAGCUUGAACAACCUGAAGACGAAGUCAUGGAAGCAGUUGCUGGUGUGGAAGAUGAGCCGGAUCAUGAGUCACAGCCUUUGGAGGAAUAUUUGCAAUCUGAAGCGGAAGUUUUUGCCGCUGAACUUGGUUCUGCGGAAGAGCAAGGAGUUGAUCCUCAGGCCAUUGAGGAGUUGGAAGCCAACUUUGAGCAAGCUGCCGAGGUGUUAGUUUCUAUGAAAGAAGCCCGCAAUCGUUUGAACGAAGUGCGGAAGGACAGACAGUUUGGAAAGCCUGCGCCUGGAUCAACGAAGGGCAACCCGAACGUGCCUGCGGCCAAGAAGAGCUCUGGCCGCCAUCCUUGUUUUGAUUGCGGCAAUCAUGGCCAUUGGGCUGGUGAUCGUGAAUGUCCAAAGCCUGGAGCCGGACUCGGCAAGAAGACUGCGGUGGCAAAAGGGAAACCGCAGCGCCAGCUGCACAUGAACAUGAAGCUGCAGUUUGAUGACAUUCCUUUGGACAAAGCUUUGUUCUUGAGCGGUUGUUCACGGGAGCAUUCUACCCUUGCAUCUUCUACGUCUGCUCCGGCGUUGUCGGAUGACAAGCAGCUGAUUGGCCGAGGCAACGAGCUGGAAGAUGGAGAACAUGUGGAUCAGAUGGCAUUGUUGAGUUGCAGAUUGAUCCUCAGACGACAGCUACAGCACCUUUUCCCCAACUUCCUCUACGACAUCUUGCUGACCGCGAUGGAGCCUCUGGAGAAUGGCAUCCUGACUCUGGGGCCAGCUGCUCAGAGGCAGCUCAUGUCCGAAUGCCGACUGGCGUUCGCAAUUUACCGCUGGCGCCGAUUCAUCUUGCGACUUCAAGAUCGCGCCCAGUGGCAUGUUCACGGAUUGCUGCUUUGGUUGGUCUCGCGAUCCUAUUUGCGGUUCUUGCCCUAUCCAUACCCUUCAAUCACUUCUGUGGAGGCUUGGAAGGAUCAGGCCAAGAACAUGGUGAGCCAAUUGACACUGAGCGCUCAUGCCUUCAACAUGGCCACCCAGACUGGGAGGUUCACUGCUCAGAACCUUUCGGAGCUGUGCCGCUUCAGGGAUCGUGUGGGCUGGCGACAUGCCUUCCUGGAGGACUCACUACUGACUGGCUUUCUGGUGGCUCGUGGAAUGAAGGGUCAUGCCAGGAAGAUCCGAGAUGCUGCAUUGGAAGAAGCUCGCCAGGAAGUUGCUCAACGCGCCAAUGUCAAGAAGCGGGACGAGUUUGUCCGACAGAUGCUGAGCCCGAGGGGUGGAUUGCCCUGCCUGAGAGCCGACUUGGUCAAGCUGGCACUGUUGCUCAACUUGGAAGUGUCAGCCUCCGACACGGUUCCCGUGCUGAAGGCCAAGAUUCAACCUAUGGUGGCAACCUUGAAGGGUCAGAAGCCUAUGAACCCCGAGCCUUACCAGCCGCCUUCCAGAGCAAAAGCCAAGGCAGCCCCAUCGGUGAGCCCAGAGUCCACGAGCUCUGCAUGGUCAACUGUGACCGAACCUGGACCUCAACUUCACAUGCAGCAACUGGGCGAUCUGCUGGAAGCAAGAGUUCAGCAGGCCAUGACGGUCCAGGACCAGAAAGUGGAGAGCAUGAUGGCCCAGGUGAUGAUGCACAUCGAAGAUCGCUUCAAGUACGUGCCUCAACAGGGCAUGGCCGAAGUGUUGAACGGCACGAUUCCGGAAGCAUGGGAGAAGCACAGAAAAGAUCAGAUCGCUGUGUCUGCAGAUAGGUUUGAGAUCAAUGAGGUUUGGCAUGCAGAAUGGGAUGCGGAGAUGAAGCGAAGCAUGAAUGAGACCUUCGUGACCACUCUCCAGUUUCCAUCGCCAUUUGUCACUGAGGUUUACACAGAUACUGAGCCUGUUGCCAAAGCAGCUCGCCAACUUGGACUGCAUGCUGGCGACAGUUUGACUUUGAAGAGUGGCUGGGAUUUUCGACGUGAAGAUCACCGUCGCGCUGCCCUGCGACUUGUCAAGAAGCUCAAACCUUACUGCACAGCUUUGGCUUUUCCAUGCGGACCAUGGUCUCCAUUGAUGCAGCUCAAUCCAGCGGCUGACCUUGAACGUCUUCGCAGUGAAGGCGAAAUCCUGAUCAACUUUGCCGUAGAGAUUGCGGAAGAGCAGAUGAAGCAUGGCAGACAUUUUGUGAUGGAAAAUCCACGUCCAUCAGCGGCAUGGCGCCUGCCUCAGCUUGAGGUAUUUGCGCACAGAGACGGCGUUUUGCCGGUGGACAUUGACAUGUGCCAUUUUGGCCUCAAAGGUCGCUACACUGAUGAGUUCUCAAAGACCAUCAUUCUUUCCUUGAUGGACCAGUUUGACUUUGAGACAACUCAAAUGUAUGACAUGGUUGCGAAGUAUGACCAGAUGUCAAAGAAUAACGAUUUUGUAAAGAAUGUCCAGACCUCUGUCGAUGCGAACACGGCUGAGGUGAACAUCAAAGAACAUGAAGUGCUGGCUUUGGAGGAGGAAUCAGAUUCUUCACUUGAAAUGUCAAAGGAGGAGGACAGUGUGCCAAUUCCUGCGGAAAUCAAGAAUGCCGUUUUCAGACUUCAUGUGAACACUGGACAUAGAUCAAGUCAGAGAUUGGCCAGAGCACUUUUGGUUUCUGGCGCCCCGCCUGCUGCCGUGAUAGCAGCCAAGCAGUUGCGUUGCUCAGUUUGUCAGGAGCGAAAACGCCCAAAGGCAAGGCCGCCAAGUUCCUUGCCGCCACCUCGAGAUGUUGGUCAACAGAUUCACAUUGACUUGGUUAUCCUGGAGGACUCUAUGCGAAAGCCUUAUGUGGUAGCCCAUGUGACUGACAAUGUCUCCAGGUAUCAACAAGCCAAAGUUCUCCCUGACAAAUCAACUGCGUCGGUGAUUCACUUUUUGAAGACUCACUGGCAACCACUGCUUGGAUGGCCUCACACAAUUGUUGCAGACCAAGGUCGUGAGUUUGUUUCAGCCGAGUUUGGCGACUUCUGCGACAGCCAGAGCAUCUACUUGUACCACAUUGGCGUGGGUGCACCCUGGCAGAAUGGCAUCUGUGAACGAAGUGGGGCUACUUUGAAGGCCCUGGUUGGCGCUAUCACCCAGACCAUGGCAGUUAGCACCUUCAAAGAGAUGGAAGCGGCCGUGGGUGAAGCAGUCAUGGCCUACAACAGUGACUUGAAUGAGCACGGAACUGCACCGAUUCAGCUGGUGACAGGUAGAGUUCCUACCCCUGGUGGAGAUGUGUUGAACAACUUUGCCAAGCGAUUGGCUGAGCAUUCUCUCAUUUCCUCAAAGCCUUCUUUGGAAAGACAGCUGGCCAUACGUGAGACAGCUCGAGUUGCUAUGUUGAGAUUGCACUACAGCAGGAGUUUGCGAAGAGCUGAGCUGGCCAGGUCUAGGUCUUCUACAGCCACAGAUGCCCCUCUUCCUGGUGAUUUGGUUUUCUUUUGGCGUGCACAGAAAUACCAGUCCAAGAAGGAAGGUGGUGGAUCUUCCAGGCGCCGACCCAUUUUGAAGCGUUGGCAUGGUCCUGGCUUGUUGGUUGCGAGCGAAGGCAAAGAUGGUGAAGGACAUGCUGCAAAUUGUUUCAUCUCGUUUCGAGGACAACUCACCAAGUGUCCCAUGGAACAUGUGAGGAAAGCUUCUUCACUUGAGAGCAUUGCAGCAGGUUCUUGGGAGGCUGCGAUUGAGGAGGUGAUUCAGGCCACCAUGCAAGACGGUCAUGGUCUUGCUGCGGAUGCUCCUGAGAUGGCCGAUGAUGAGGCUGAUGAAGAGACAGCCGCAGCUCCAUUCACACCGGCGACCAUUCCGGUGAACGCUGGUUUGAUGCCCAGCGAGAUUGUAACAGCUUCAACCUCCACCUAUGCCUAUGUCAUUACAACCUUCACUUGUUUCUUUUCCUGUGACACCAGUUGGAAGUGCAGCACCUGGAACGCCUGUUCCUGA